GGACGCAUUGGUGUCACCAUGGACGCUUUGUAGUCCAUACCCCCGAUGAAUUUAGGCUGUUCUGGGGGCAAAAGAGGGAGUAACUCAAUAUUAGUAAGGUGUUUCUAAUGGUUUGUACACCCAGUGUAUACUUACGUGCAUUCAGAUCAGAUCUUUAUUUAUAGGACUAUCUAUGCUAGACUGCUAUGGAUCAUUUCCAUCUGUAUGGCGAUUAUCCUCAGUGAGGAACGGGGUCGGAGGAAUGUAGCCAUCAUUGUUAGUGAUUUUACCCUUUUUGCCAGCUGUACACGUCACAGCAUUCUCUCUCUGGUGCGGUUGGAAAUGCACCAUUGCUGCAUCAUUCCGCUUUCUCUUUAAUAAUUAUAGGGUGCCCCCGAGACUAUAAUAGGUUAUAUUUCAGUCAUGGUCGACGAUGUUCCACCGAUUAUAAACAUUUCUAUCGCUCUAAAAAUUCAACCGAAUGAUGGACCGGUGUUUUUCAAGGUGGAUGGGACCAGAUUCGGCCAGAGCAGGACAAUAAAAUUGCUUACAGGGUCGAAGUAUAAGGUUGAGGUGGUUAUGAAGCCGGGCAAUGCUGAUGCCGCCACCAUGAACAUCGGAGGUAUCACCCUCCCUCUGGAGCAGCAGUCCAAAGACGAGGAGUCAGUGGUGUACCAUGGACAUUAUGACACAGAGGGAGUGCCUCACACCAAGAGUGGGGACAGGCAACCUGUCCAAGUCAGCAUAGAGUUUGGAAAGGCGGGCCAAUUCGAGACCAUAUGGCAAGUAAAGUACUAUAACUACUACAAGCGAGACCAAUGCCAGUUUGGGAACAAAUUCGUCAACAUUGAGUACGAAUGCAAGCCCAAUGAGACCCGCAGCCUGAUGUGGAUCAACAAAGAGGCGUUCAAUUGAGGAGCACCAAUCAAUUCAUUCUUCCAAUACCCAGUAAUGGAAGAAAAACAAGCAGAAGAGAUGAGUUGCACACAAUAACCUUUUUUUUCUACCAUCAACUUCAGAGGAAUAAGCCUUACUGUAGGCAUGGGUUUCAAGUCACUGAGCACCAUAAUUGUCUGUUUUAGAGAAAGGGGGGCUGUUAUCUAUCAGUCUGAUCUCGGGGGGGGGGGGUUGUUCUUUGAUUGGUUUUAAUCAAGACACAUGGUCAGGUUGUUAUCAGCAAUCUCAUUGGGAAUCACGGCUAUACAACACCUGCUGUGUUACUCUGAGCUCUGGUUACACAAGCUGAAACUGUGGCCCUCCUGGACCAGGCUUGAAGACAGUUGCGGGUGGAAAUGUAUCUAACCUGAUUUAUUACGUGUGAGGUGUGUGUGAUGUGAGUUAUAUGAAUAAAUGUACAUAUUUGUGUUAUCCUAUGUGUUAGUUCUAGUAUGGUUUAAGCCUUUGAACAGCUGUCUACUUCUGAACAGCACAAUUGCGAUUAGCCUAUAAAGGGGUGAGACAGUUUUUUGUUAAAACUUCUAUAUUAUUUUAUGGAGAUAUUCUAUAAUCUAUUAAGUGCUUCUAUUUAUGUAAUGUUGUGGAUCACUAUCAUUGUUUUGUCUCAGUUUUGUCUGUAAAUGCAUGGCUGAAUAAUCCUAUGCCUAAAGGUUUUGUUCUUCAGAUGCAAAAUUAAAAUGUUCAGUUCUGUUAUAUAUGUAAUUGAAAAGUGUGGAAGUAAAUAUACCCAUACCAGUUACUA